GCGCUGGCCAUUGGCGGACAGGAUGGGGGCGGGGCUUGGGGGUCGUUGCCGGCGCCACCCGGGGGUAAGGUAAGGGACGAGAAGCGAACCCCGCGACCGAGCGGCCUCGCGUCGACCUGGCUUCUUUAUCCUCCCCCGCGGGCCCCCACCACCUUCAGAAUGACGCUGGACGUGGGGCCGGAGGAUGAGCUGCCCGACUGGGCUGCGGCCAAAGAGUUUUACCAGAAGUACGACCCUAAGGACGUCAUUGGCAGAGGAGUGAGCUCCGUGGUGCGCCGUUGCGUUCAUCGAGCUACUGGCCAUGAGUUUGCGGUGAAGAUCAUGGAGGUGACAGCUGAGCGACUAAGUCCUGAACAGCUAGAGGAGGUGCGAGAAGCCACGCGGCGAGAGACGCACAUCCUUCGCCAGGUCGCCGGCCACCCCCACAUCAUCACUCUCAUCGAUUCCUACGAGUCUUCUAGCUUCAUGUUCCUGGUGUUUGACCUGAUGCGGAAGGGAGAGCUGUUUGACUAUCUCACAGAGAAAGUGGCCCUCUCAGAAAAGGAGACCAGGUCCAUCAUGAGGUCUCUGCUGGAAGCAGUGAGCUUUCUCCAUGCUAACAACAUUGUGCACCGAGACUUGAAGCCUGAGAAUAUUCUCCUAGAUGACAAUAUGCAGAUCCGACUUUCAGAUUUUGGGUUCUCCUGCCACCUGGAACCUGGCGAGAAGCUCCGAGAGUUGUGUGGGACCCCAGGCUACCUAGCACCAGAGAUCCUUAAAUGCUCCAUGGAUGAGACCCACCCCGGCUACAGCAAGGAGGUUGACCUCUGGGCCUGUGGGGUGAUUUUGUUUACACUCCUGGCUGGCUCACCACCAUUCUGGCACCGACGUCAGAUCCUGAUGUUACGCAUGAUCAUGGAGGGCCAGUACCAGUUUAGUUCACCUGAGUGGGAUGACCGUUCCAACACUGUAAAGGACCUGAUCUCAAAGCUGCUACAGGUGGAUCCUGAGGAGCGCCUGACAGCUGAGCAAGCCCUACAGCACCCCUUCUUUGAGCGUUGUGAAGGCAGCCAACCCUGGAACCUCACCCCCCGCCAGCGGUUCCGGGUGGCAGUGUGGACUGUGCUUGCUGCUGGACGAGUGGCCUUAAGCACCCAGCGUGUCCGGCCACUGACCAAGAGUGCACUGUUGAGGGACCCUUAUGCGCUGCGGCCAGUGCGGCGCCUCAUUGACAGUUGUGCCUUCCGGCUCUAUGGGCACUGGGUGAAGAAGGGUGAGCAACAGAACCGAGCCGCGCUCUUCCAGCACCAGCCCCCUGGGCCUUUUCCCAUCAUGGGCCCUGAAGAGGAGGGGGACUCAGCUGCUAUCUCUGAGGAGGACGCCAUGCUGGCACUGGGCUAGUGCUUCAGCCCUGGGGAACACCAGAAUGCAGUACUCUCCGGGAGGAGGAUUUUUAUCAUUCCAGCCCUUCUGGGC